UCCCAUGUUUAUAUCAUAAUCCGUUCGAUAGAUGUCAUUAGUGUCGAUAUGUCAUUGGUGGGAGAUCACGAGGCCGUUGACAGCAACAUCGUCAUUUUUUCAUUAGAGACAUGGCCGCCGUGAUGUUGAGGUCAAUUCUGUAUUGAACAGUGACAUUUUUUGUUUACCUACGCUUUUCCUGAAAUUAUAAGUAUCUUCAUCAUGCCUCCUAUCAACCCAAGGACUCGUAAAUUUAGAGGAAUUAUUAAAGAUAUUAAUUCCAAAAUUGAAGAAUCUCCAGAAAUAAACGAAACUACGAGUAUUAGAGUUGCACAAGAUCCAAGCCCAAGUUCCAGCAUUACAGGCGUUCAACGUAAACAAUACUUUAGAAACAGAAAUUCUUCAAGUUCUUCCUGUAGCAGCCGUCAGUCUACUCGAGAUUUUUCGCCAGCUUCCGAUGAUGAUAAGGAGUAUAAACCCAGUUCUCUAGAUAAUUCGUCAUCUCAAGAAUCUGACAAUGAAACUCGUACACAAAACAUUAAAUUACCAAAAAAAGUAUGUCAACAACAAAAUUUAGUCAGUGGGUCUCAAUCACAAUUCAGUUCGUACAAUUCACUUACACAAAAAGAAACACUAUCGUCGGGAACUGCACCCGGAUCAUCUAGUUCAUCUUCAUCAUCUCGUUCAUCCACUUCUAGUACGUCUAGUAGCUCUUCUAACAGUUCUUCAGAUUCUGAACAAAAUUCAGUUGCACCAUCGAAGCGGAAAUGUGUUACAAUGAACCAAGAAACAGAUAUUGAAAUAAUAAUAAGCAAAUCAACUGAAUACUUGUCAUCUUUACAACAAAUAGCAUUACAAUAUGAUUCAAAUAGUUCGUCUGAUAUUAAUGAAAAUGUGAUUAAAAAAUGUACAACGUCUGAAAGGCCCAUAACCGAAGUAGAUAAUUCAAACAAUUACAUACAUAAUUUAGACUCAUAUUAUGGAGAAACCCAAAUACUCUCAUUUCAUGAUAAUCAAAUUAACGCAACAGUUAAUGGUAAUUCUGAAGUAGCACAUGACCCAGCAAAUUUUAUUUAUGUUUCAUCACCCCUAAAGCAAAGUAAUCCUACGUUUUAUAAUCCUCUAUCUUUAAAAUCAAUUGUAUUAGAGCAAAUUAAAAAUAUUCAAACUGCAGCUAUUAGUGAUUUGACACCUGAUGAAGUUUGCCAGAAUGACUCUAAUGGACAAACACGAAAAAGAAAGCGCGGCAGUAAAAAGGCUCUUGCAAAAACUUUACGAAAUAUGGGUUUAAAGUAUACAUCUUCGUCUACCAAACAUAAAGUAAUAACAGAAAGAAAAAUAGGUGUUCCUUGUAAUAAUAAUUGCCGAUUAAAGUGUUCCAAUAACUUUUCCGAAGAAGAACGUAAGGAAAUUUUUUGUAACUAUUGGAGAAUGGGGUCACUUACACAACAAAGAUACUUUAUAUCUAAACAUAUGAGUGAGAUUAAACCGAAGUAUCAAUAUAAAAAAAUAUCUAACAAUAGAAAACCCAAACACUCAUUUUACUUAACAAUAAAUAACCAAAAAAAGAAGGUAUGCAAAAUAUUUUUCAAAAGAACUUUAGGUAUCAAUGACAGGCCAAUUCGGACUGUUAUAGAAAAAUUUAAUUCAACGGGUAUUAUUGAACCUGAACUACGUGGAAAACACAAAAAUCAUGGAACCAAAGUAUCUGCAGAGUUAUUGGCUACAGUUAAAAGACAUAUUGAUAGUAUACCUAGAAUUGAGAGCCAUUAUUUGCGUCAACAAACAAGUAGAGAAUACAUAGAGGGAGGGAAAACAUUAACCGAUUUAUACAGAGAUUAUAAAAAAGAUUGUGAAAAGAAUGGAUCUGAUUAUGUCAAAAUUAAUAUUUAUAGAAAAGUGUUUAAAGAAGACUUUAAUAUAAGUUUUUUUACACCAAAGAAAGACCGUUGCGAAGAUUGUGUUGCAUAUGAAAACGCAUUACAACCAGAUAAAGAAAAAUUGGAAGAAAAGUAUAUAUCACACUUAAAAGAGAAAGAAUUAAGCAGGGCAGAGAAGUUACGAGACAAGGAAUUUAUCAGUGAGAAUAAUAUUGUAGCAUGUUAUGAUAUGCAAGCCAUGUUACAGGUUCCUAGGGGAGAUGUGUCUUCUUUCUAUUACAAAUCCAGAUUAAAUUGCAUGAAUUUUACAAUUUGCGAACUAAAAGCAGAUAAUACUGACUGCUUUUUUUGGAAUGAGGUUGAAGGGCAAAAGGGCGCAAAUGAAAUAGGUACAUGCAUUUUCAAAUUCUUAGAGAAAAAGUCCGCGUCUUUGUCAGGAAAAGUAGAUAUAAUAUUUUACUCUGAUAACGCAUAUGGCCAAAAUAAAAACCAAUUCGUAUUUUCCACAUACAUACACGCAGUUAAGAACUUACCAAAUAUUAAUUCAAUAAUUCAUAAGUUUUUGAUCAAAGGUCAUACGCAAAAUGAGGGUGACUCUGUCCAUUCCACAAUAGAGCGGCAGAUAAAAAGAAUGUUACGUGCUGGACCUAUUUACGUCCCGGAUCAGUACAUAAAUGCCAUACGAGAGGCAAAGAAAAAAGGGAACAAAUAUAAUGUAGUAGAAAUGUCUCACAAGGAAUUUUAUGACAUAAAAAAAAUUCAAGAGUAUAAAUUGACUAAAAAUACAGAAGGAGCGAUAGUUAAAGUAAGUGAUAUCAAGAUUAUAAAGAUUGAAAAAGGGGAUUCAAAUAAUAACGUAAGAGUAUAUUACAAGGAAUCUUAUUCGGAAGAAAAUUACAAAGAAAUAAAAUUGAUUAAAAUACCUCGUGCUCGGCCUCAAUUACUCCCUCUUUAUACUUCAAAAUUACCAUUGUCUGAUAAUAAAAAAAAGGAUCUUAAGGAUCUUAUAAAAAAAAAUGCUAUAUUGCCGUAUUAUGUAUCAUCUUUUUAUAAUCACAUUCUAUAAUUUUCAAGGGAUAAUAAUAAUAGGUG